AGGUUUUCUGCAACAGCUGAGUUAGUUGUGAACGAAGUUAGUGGAAGUUCUAUGGCGGGCGUCAUAUGAGUAGGGUCGGUUAUUACUAAAUUAUUAGGGAAAAAUUGGUUUCUUAAAAUAUUUAAACUAUAUUAUUACAAUAUUAUAAUGCCACCACGACAGGAAAAGGAUGAGAAAGGAACAUACUUGGGAUUUGAUCUGAGUACGCAAAAGUUAAAAGCAGUCCAAUUAAGUGCAAAGUUAGAGACAAAGGCCACAGCCGAAGUGAAGUUUGAUACCGAUUUACCAGAGUUUCGUACCACUGGCGGCGCUAACGCUGGUGAAUUGAAUAAUGAAUUUUUCGCGAAACCAGUUAUGUGGGUUAAGGCACUCGACAUUGUUUUGGAUCGUUUAGUAGUGCAGGGAGCGGAUUUAAGCACAGUCACUGCGAUAAGUGGUUCAGCACAACAACAUGGUUCACUUUACUGGUCACAGUAUGGUAUACAAAAGUUGAAAAAUCUCGAUCCAGAUAAAUUUCUGCACUUACAAAUCGAUGAUUCAGCUUUUACAGUCACACGUACACCAAUAUGGAUGGAUGGUACUACAGAAAAUCAGUGUCUUGAAAUGGAGACUGCUAUCGGUGGCGCUUCAGAAAUGGUGAGAAUAACUGGUUCCAAAUGCUAUCCCAGAUUUACUGGCCCACAGAUACGUAAAAUUUACCAACAACGUACUCACGCAUAUGAAGAUACUAAACGAAUCUCACUUGUAAGCAGUUUUUUGGCAUCUAUAUUUCUUGGCAAUAUAGCACCUAUAGACUAUGCUGAUGCAUCUGGAAUGAAUUUGUUUGAUAUCGAUACAAAGACAUGGUCCAAACCAUGCCUGAAUUCAUGUGCACCAGAUUUGGAAGAACGUUUAGGACAACCCGUUGCAACAAAUUCAAUAAUUGGAAAUGUAUCCAAUUUUUUCGUACAACGUUUUGGUAUGCCAGCGAACUGCAAAGUUGCUGCAUUUACAGGAGAUAAUCCAUCAGCUUUAUCAGGCAUGGUAGUGGAAAAAAAUUGGUUGGUUAUGUCGUUAGGCACAAGCGAUACAGUAAUGAUGAACUUACAAAAUAAUCCAGAAUUAGAGAAAGGACAUGUGCUCUGCCACCCUAUUGAAACUGAUCAAUUUAUGGGUUUACUUUGUUUUCGAAAUGGUUCACUGGUGCGAGAUGCUCUAAAAAGGGUGGAUGCAAACGAUAACUGGUCGAAUUUUAGUGAGUUACUGAAUUCAACACCACGGGGCAAUUAUGGUAAUAUGGCAUUACAUUUCCAUAGCUUAGAAAUAAUACCGAAUGCGAAAGGCAAUUUACGUUGGAAUAAGAAUCAUAGUUCAGCUUCACCCGAUGCUGAUAAAGGUUUGACAAAAUUUGGAUCACCACAAGCUGAAAUACGUGCCCUGAUAGAGGGUCAAAUGUUGCAUAGACGAGCAAUAGCAACUGAUAUGGGUUUCAAUUUUGGGGAAGAAACAAAAAUAAUAGCAACUGGCGGUGCUUCUGUGAAUAAAGCAAUUCUGCAAGUAAUGUCUGAUGUGUUUAAUGCACCGGUUUAUGUACAGAAACAUAGUGAAGCUGCGCUUUUAGGAGCAGCAUAUAGAGCCAAAUAUGCAUUGUAUUUACACACAAGCAAGGUGAACGCACAAAAGAAAGCCGCCGUUACAUGGGGUCCGCCCGAAAGUUAUCAACAUUAUAUUCUGCAAUACAUUCCCAGUCAUUUGCAACGCAUGUGCGCACCGAGUAAAGAUAGUCAAGAUAUAUAUGAGCCAAUGUUGGCAAGAUAUCGCGAAAUGGCUCGCAUUUUAGAGGAUUCCACAGCAUAAUUACAAGCUAAAAUGUAAUAGAAAGCAUUCCAAUCAUGAAAUGAUUUAUAUAAUUUUAUAUAAGUGUACACUUCCAUCUCGCAUAUUUUUGAUAUUAUGUUUUUUUAUUAACUGUUUAGAAAUUUUAUAAAUAUUUUAUUCUUUAAUUAAAAGUGCAAUUUCUAUUGUGAUAAACAUUAAAUUAUCAAAAAAA